GCGCGCGCGGCCCCGCGGUCUCGUCACUUCCCGCGCGGACGGCGCUGUCGCCGGGGACGGUCGUGUCCGGUUCGGGCAGCGGCAGGAGCGGCGGGACGGGACGAUGAGCGACAGCGGGGAGCAAAACUACGGCGAGCGGGAAUCCCGUUCUGCUUCCAGAAGCGGAAGUGCUCAUGGGUCUGGCAAGUCGGGGAGGCACACCCCUGCAAGAUCUCGCUCUAAGGAGGAUUCCAGGCGCUCCAGGUCAAAAUCUAGAUCCAGGUCUGAAUCCAGGUCUAGAUCAAGGAGGAGUUCCCGCAGACACUACACCAGGUCCCGCUCCCGGUCUCGCUCCCACAGGAGAUCCAGAAGCAGGUCGUACAGUCGGGACUACCGGCGACGGCACAGUCACAGCCAUUCCCCCAUGUCUACUCGGAGGCGUCACAUUGGGAACAGGGCAAAUCCUGAUCCAAACUGUUGUCUCGGAGUGUUUGGGCUGAGUCUGUACACUACAGAACGAGACCUGCGAGAGGUUUUCUCUAAGUAUGGGCCCAUUGCCGACGUUUCCAUCGUGUACGAUCAGCAGUCACGGCGCUCCCGAGGGUUUGCAUUUGUCUACUUCGAGAACGUCGAGGAUGCCAAGGAGGCAAAGGAACGUGCCAAUGGAAUGGAGCUGGAUGGAAGAAGGAUCCGGGUAGACUUUUCCAUAACAAAAAGACCUCACACACCAACCCCUGGAAUCUAUAUGGGAAGACCCACUUAUGGCAGCUCACGGCGGCGAGAUUACUAUGACAGAGGCUAUGACAGAGGCUACGAUGACCGUGAUUAUUACAGCAGGUCAUACAGAGGAGGAGGUGGUGGCGGUGGAGGAGGCUGGAGAGCUGUUCAAGACAGGGAUCAGUUUUACAGGAGGAGGUCACCGUCCCCGUACUACAGCCGAGGGGGCUACAGAUCCCGGUCCAGAUCCCGAUCCUACUCACCUCGUCGCUAUUAAAGCAUGACACAUAGAGGAAUUUCUAGCUACAGCCUUUGAGUUGAAAUUGCAAGUUUGUGGACAAUAUUUUUUUAUUGUCUCUUCUGUUUAACCAAGUGACAGUGCCUAGUGAGUUAGGUGACUUUUACACCUUUUAUGAAGACAACUUCUGUGGUGUUCAAUGCUGUUUCAUUCUGCAUAUUUGUGUAGUUUGGUGCUUUGUUUCCAGGUGUGUUUUGAAAGGAGUAUGUUUUGCAUGUAUUUUUUUAGUCUCCAUUUUGACUCCUGAGAGGUUUCUAUUGUAAAGACACAAACUGUCGAGUUAGUUUUUUCUACUGAUUCCAAGUUAUUCCCAAGAUACAAACCUGUGUAAAAUGCUUUCUGUAAGUGAGACAAGAAAAUAAAAUAAAAAGAUGUUUGUUUUUUUUC